GCGGAAGAAAAUGGCGGCCGUGGCCACUGAGCCAGGAGCUGCGGAGAUUCUCACAACAGCGACGACCGACGAGGGCCCACCGGAACCGGGCCCCACCGGCUCGGGACGCGCAGGACUCUCUCAGGAGGCCGAAGGGGUGCUGCAGCUAGAACCAGUUGUGGAGCUGUCCAGCCCACUCUCGGGAGAUGGUGGGGACGGAGAGGAACGCCGCCAUGUCAGGCCGGAGCUGGAGCCCGGGGCGGGAAAAGUCCUCUGUGAGAACGCCACGAACGAUGAACUAAUGAAUAACUUUCCACUGGACCGGAUCAGCACCGAGCGGUUCUCUCCCGGAGUGCCGGGGGGUUCAGAAGCUGCUUGGAACGUGCCUGCUCAGGCGGCAUACCGCAGCAUCAUCGCGCAGCCGUCCGCCGUCUUCCUGCACUCCUUCCCGGCUCCCCCGCCCGGUACCGAGGCUGGACUGUCUCUGGCAGAACCGGCGGAACCGACAACAAACGUGACAACUGAUCGUGUUGAGACCGCUGGCCGGGAACGAGGCUACACGGCUUUGGUCCAACCUGAGCGAAGCCCCUCAUCUGUAGAAGACGCCAUAUUGGACGGUACCGGUGAUCCUGAGGCAGGGUACGGCAAACCCACAGCGGGUUCUGAUGAAAUGCAGUGUUGCGGCUUACGGGAACCGCCCUCACCAUGCCGGUCCCCGAAGCUUGACAUCAAACCGGAAGAAAUCUCCACACUGUCGGAACCUACAAGAGCAGAAGCCACCUCCGAUGCUCCGCGGCUCGGCUGCGUGCAAGACCUGAGCCUCGGCUCCGAGGUCCGGGUCUGCUUGGACCACGUCAUCGAUGACGCACUGGUUGUGUCGUUCCGACUGGGCGAGAAGGUGUUCUCAGGGGUUCUGAUGGACGUCUCCAAAAGGUUUGGACCGUAUGGAAUUCCCAUCCCUCAGACGCUGGUCACACCAGAAAGCAACAGUGAAGCAUCCCCAAAGCAGGAAGUGGCCAAUGGUGACACGCCUCCUUUGCCAUGGACCACUAAGCCGCCGCCGCUGUUUCAGGAGGGGGCGCCGUACCCCCCUCCCCUUUUCAUCAGAGACACCUACAACCAGGCGUUACCUCAGCCCCCACCUCGUAAGAUCAAACGACCCAAGCGGCGUUACCGUUGUGAGGAACCAACUUCCAUCAUGAACGCCAUCAAGCUCCGCCCCCGCCAGGUGCUCUGCGACAAGUGCAAAGGCGUGGUCACAUCAGCAGGGCGCCGGGGCCCGGUGGAUUUGAGGGGGGAGGAUGCUUUACGUCGACGGAGGCCGGCUGAAGGGCCGAUGUCUUCUGAGGUGAAACGACUGAGAAGCGACGACAAGGGUAGCCGCAGCGGUGCUUCUGAUAGACGCACACCAUCAGGGAUACGCGUGUCAACGUCAUCAUCCACCUCUGGUCGCAUUCUGAGGGGUGUGGCUUCAUCCUCAUCCACGCCCAGCGCCAUGCAUCUAAAGCUGAACUCUAAGAAGGUUCUGGCCAAAGGACCCUCAGUGGAUCGCUCCAAAGCACGCCACGUUCUCAAGAAGCUGGCAAGGAACUCGCAACCGGCGCCGCUUCGUAGCACCAAAGACGAGAACCAGAGCCAAGAUGGGGCCAAGGCCAUGACCCGAGCCGCUGCUUUACAAAACCAUAACCAGAAGGUCCACUUCACCCGCCGCUUGCAGCACCUUAACUCCGCCCACGUCAGCCCGACCUCGCACACAGCACUGCCGCCUCGAAUGCGUGUCAAACCCCAAAGGUAUCGUACAGAUGACGCUCAGGCUCCCUCUUCUUCCUCUCCACCUAAACACAGCACUCGCUCGUCAACCUCAAGCCCCGCCCCUACAUUGAACCCAGUACAGGCCCCGCCCCUCUCCCUCAGCCCAACACCACCCCCCUCUAAUUGUGCUGCUGAGAAUAAGGAGGCUCCUCCUCCUCCUGCCUGCCCCCCACCUUGCAGCGUCACACAGACAGUAGAUCUCCCCCCCCCUGAAGACCCCCCCUCCUUAGUGCCUCCAUGUCCCUCCUCUUCCUGUCCUCCAAGUGCUUGUGUGGAGACGCAGGUUGGCGGCGAGGAGGAGGAAGAUGAAAGAGGUGAACUGAAAAGGCGUCGCAAGUCUUCCACAUCAUCCUCCUCUUCCUCCUCGUCUUCGUCGUCGUCCUCCGUCUUCUCCAAGUCCGUGUCCAAGUGUUUGCUCCCCGACGGUCGUACGGUGUGUGUGGGCGAUAUCGUCUGGGCUAAAAUCUAUGGAUUCCCCUGGUGGCCGGCGCGCGUGCUCGGCAUUACGGUGGCACGGCGCGCCAACGCCGUCUUGGCCGUGCAGGAAGCGCGCGUGUCUUGGUUCGGUUCGCCCACGACCUCUUUCCUGCCGCUCUCACAACUGUCUCCCUUCCUGGAGAGCUUCCAGUCCCGCUUCGACAGGAAGAGGAAGGGCCCGUACCGCCGCGCCAUUUCAGAGGCCGCUAGUGCCGCCAAACAACUGACGCCUGAAGUGCGCGCGCUGCUCACCCAGUUUGAAACGUAGCAGUAGCUCAGGCCACGCCCCUCACACCCUGCCCCCGACAGACUGACCCUUGCAGAUAGGGUUCUUGUUUGGUUCCUCCUGUAGGUGAAGUGGCGGGUUCUUAGUGUCAGCCGCAGGUCCCCAUUGGACUUCUAGUCCAAGUCUAUGUGCUCGCUAGGCAGAUUUCAAGCAGCCAAGUCACUUUGAGUCUUUGUGCUGAGAGUAGUUAGCACAAAUGAUGAAAAUGUUGGACGGCUUGUCUCUGGAUGUGGUUCUAGUCUCCUGGUUCCAGUCGGACAUUUGGCCUGUCUGGCUUCCCGUGUUUGGCACGUCGGUGGUUUGUCCUGUGAUGGUUGGAGAGCACAUUGAGACUAAAAACUCAUCAAAGCUGUGAAACACUCUUCAGAACUGAGGUCAGGGUCCCAAACUGGGUCAGGUCUACGUGAAGAGUCCUGGAUCAGGUCCACGUGGUUCCAGGACUGUUUUGAAUGAAGUCCAUGUGAUUGGCUCUAAAUUCAGUCAAUGUUGUGAUGUCUCACUCUGUCCCUAUUUGCCAGUCCCAGGCCUCAGUCCUUCCUGAUGAACAACACCACCGUGAUGAUGAUGAUGAUGAUAAUGAUGAUGAUGAUGAUUAUUAUGAUGGUGUCUUUUCCCUCUCUGUUUGUCUUCUUCUUGACUUUUGGACUCUUUUCCCGUCUGUUUGCAGAUCAGAGAUUCUGAACAAAAUUCUGAACAGCAUUUGUGUAAAUGUUUUUUUUCUGAUGUUUGAAAUCUUAAUAAAAGUUGUCUUUGAAUUGUCGUCAUUUGAGCUUUUCUUCUGUGCUGAACUUCCCGAUGGACUCGCUGUCAGAUUUUCUUACCUGCAAACAGAUGUUAGAUGUUAGCGCAUUCAAUGUCAGCAACAACCAGAGUGGGAAAACACCAGCAGCUAAACGACAGCUCGUUAGCGCGUGAAUCAAACAUGACACAAAUGUUCACUGGCCAAGUUUUGGUCUUAAUCAAGGUGGGUGACUUUGGGCUUUGUUGGCGGUCCGCUCCCGGUCCAAAAGACUUCAGUGAAGUCCGGUCAACAUGAUCAAUUUCCCAGCAUGCACUGCAGCUGUGGCGUCCGAGGUGUCAUGUGACAUCAUAUCUUGUCUGAUGAUGUCAUCAGUCACCAGUGUGUCUUUCU